AUGCAGCGAGCUUUAGAACGAGCUUUGGAUCGUGCAGAGUAUAUCAUUGAAUGUGCCCAGCAGAGGCCUCCUCAAAGGAAGUGCUCGUCUAGUGGGGAAAAAUCUCUGUACGAAAAACUUUAUGACAUUUAUGUCGAGGAGUGUAAUAAAGAGCCUGAGGUUACGGAGGGAUUAAGAAGCAAUGUAAACUUGUUAGAGAAGCUCCUUGAGAGGGAGUCAUUGCCGUGUUUGGUGGUCAACCUCUACCCGGGAAAUGAGGGAUAUUCUCUGAUGCUCAAGGGAAAAGACGGAUGGUUUUCCGAGACCAUUCGACUGCCUUGUGAAGAACGGCAGUUGCUUGAAUACUUGGAUGCAGAAGAAUUACCUCCUGUUUUGGUCAAACUCCUGGAAGAAUCUCCAGUGAACUUGUUUCAGUGUGGGUGUGUCAUAGCAGAAGUACGUGACUACAGGCAGUCCGGUAACAUGGAACCUCCAGGUUACCAAAGUAGGCAUAUUCUCUUACGUCCAACGAUGCAGACUUUAGCCUGUGAUGUACAGUCAAUGACAAGUGAUGACCGUGAAUGGACCCAGGAUGACAGACUUAGGCUUGAGAGCCAGCUGAUCUUAGCUACAGCGGAACCACUGUGUCUUGACCCUUCUAUAGCAGUAACCUGCACUGCCAACAGACUGCUGUAUAACAAGCAGAAGAGGAAUGCUGGCCCAAUGAAACAGUGCUUCAAGAGCUUUUCUCAGUCCUCUCAGAGUCGGCAGCAGGAGCUGUCUCAUUGUCCAUCUCGUCCUGAGUUAAGAGUGUUGACUUCUUGCAAAAAUGGAAAAGAAGGGAAGGCAGAUCAGCAUUAUGACCUGAGAUUUUCUGAAGCGGGAAGUGGUGUAGACAUGUGGAAACAGAGACCCUGUGAUUUGGCCGUACCUUCUGAAGUGGGUGCGGAGAAAUAUGCUAAAGGAGAACAGUCCGUCAGAUCUGAUGAUUCACAACCAACCAUCUGGCCAGCUGAAGAGGAAAACGAUGAUUAUGUGUUUGAAUGUGAGGCUGGCGGUCAGUCCCAGAAAGCAAAGGGGGACAUCAUGCAGUCAUUUAAUGAUCCUCUUUUCUGUGGUAAAAUUGGGCCAUGUAAAAAAGCCAGAUGUGAGCGCCAGCUGUUUCUCCCCCACUUCUCCCCAGAGGAAGAACCAUUCACAUGGGACUAUUCACAUGGUUUCAUGCCUGGGUCACAGGCUGAUGCUGGGAGGGCAGUCAUUCAGCACCAGGAAUCGGUCCAGAGCAGAGACAAAUGUCCAGGCAGGAUGUCACAGAGCUCCAGGGGCUCAGCCAGUCCCAGUCAGCUUUCUUCAGGAAAAAUACCAGAACAGCCUAAGACCGUGUCGGUCCAGUCUUCCAUAUCGGGGGAGGGAGUAAAACAUCUACCUGCCCCCAUCCAACUUCCAUCAAGCUCAAGAAAUCAUUCAUCGGACAGCAGUUUCCCUCCACGACAGGCAAGCAGCUCUCUUAAGUGUCCAUUCUCUGCUCCUGCUCCUAAGCCACCGAGUCUGUCUCAGAAGUCGCCUGUGAAUCUCAAUCGAUUUAAGACACUUCUUCCAGCUGCCACGAUCCCAGCCAGCUCCUCACAAAGAACCCCAGCCACCCAGGUCUCAGCAAACCCCACUUGCCUGAAGGUCAUCAAUGUGAUGGGCCCAGUCUGUGCAGCCCAUUCUUUGGCGAGGGGCUCACACCCGGUGCUGGCCAGUGCCACUGGUGCCCCUCCUGCAGGAAUCCAUCCCUGCACCCCUCUGGCCUCGGGAAAUCAGCUCCCAAGUGCACUGCCCAGGGCAGUGCAGGCACCUUCUCAAGUGGGUAUGCAGCUUAUUUUAGACAAUGCUUUGGGUCUCAGGCCCUUAACUCUACUCCAGCUUCCACAUGCUUCCCUCAUUUUGAACAUCCAGCAGCAGCCGGCACCGCCACCGCAGCAGCAGCAGCAGCAGCAGCAGCAGCAGCAGCACCAGUCGAUUCCACAACAACAGCUUCAGCAUCCCACAGCAUAUCCUCCACAGCCAGUGGCAGUUGGUGGUGCACAAGGGGCCAGCAGCCAGGAACAGGCCUUACCCAUUCAGCAAGCUGUUUUCAUGAACCAUGGAGUCGGAGGUUUCCUGCAGCCCCAGACAACCAUAUUGCAUCAGCUUGGCUCUGCCCAGAGACCACCUGGGCAAAGCCUUCCUCAGCAGACAUUCCAGGUUGCCUUUGCCUUGCCACAGCAGCAGCAGGUACAGGUACAACAGGUUAGAUUUGUGGAGAAUCCUGUGGCUGUGGCAACAGUAGCAACCCAAAGAGCUCAGCCACAGCCACAGAGCGGGCAUAUAGCAUGGCAACUAAUAGGUAGUGGGCAUGCAGCAAGCCAAUCAAUGGGUCGUAGGUAUAGAGCAAUCUGGCCAAAGGGAAAUGGCCACACAACAAGCCAGUCAAAGGGUGGUAGCCACACAACAAGCCAGUCAAAGGGUAAUGGCCAUACAGCAAGCCAGUCAAAGGGUAGUGACCUUACAGCAAGCAAGCCAAAGCAUAGUGACCAUACAACAAGCCAGUCAAAGGGUAGUGGCCAUAAAGCAAUCCAGCCAGAAGGUAGUGGGCAUGGAGGAAGCCAGUCAAAGGGUAGUGACCAUACAGAAAGCCAGUCAAAGAGUAAUAGGUAUAGAGCAAUCUGGCCAAAGGGAAAUGGCCACACAACAAGCCAGUCAGAGGGUGGUGGCCAUACGAUAAACCAGUCAAAGGGUAGUGGCCAUACAGCAACCCAGGCAGAAGGUAGUGGGCAUGCAGCAAGCCAGUCAAAGGGUAGUAGGUACAGAGCAAUCCGGCCAAAGGGAAAUGGCCACACAACAAGCCAGUCAAAGGGUGGUGACCAUACAGCAAGCCAGCCAGAAGGUAGUGGGCAUGCAGCAAGCCAGUCAAAGGGUAGUGACCAUACAGCAAGCCAGUCAAAGGGUAGAAGGUACAGAGCAAUCCGGCCAAAGGGAAAUGGCCACACAACAAGCCAGUCAAAGGGUGGUGACCAUACAGCAAGCCAGCCAGAAGGUAGUGGGCAUGCAGCAAGCCAGUCAAAGGGUAGUGACCAUACAGCAAGCCAGUCAAAGGGUAGUAGGUACAGAGCAAUCCGGCCAAAGAAAAAUGGCCAUACAACAAGCCAGUCAAAGGAUGGUGGCCAUACAAUAAACCAGUCAAAGGGUAGUGGCCAUACAGCAAACCAGGCAGAAGGUAGUGGGCAUGCAGCAAGCCAGUCAAAGGGUAGUGACUGGACAGCCAGCUAG